AAGUUCAAUGAAUAUUUUACUAGUAAAAUUCUGGUCAAUCAUCAGUUGCUAAGCGCCGACACAAUAGCGAUUGAAUUAAAAAAAAGUGCAGAAAGUAUGGUGUUCGGUUUACUAAACUUCUUCGCUUACGGCGCCGGAACUGCUUUCCUCUUCUUGGAGUGGAAGAGCGAGCGGUCGCCCAAUACAGUGACCCCCACCCCCGCCAAUGGACGCACAUGAGGGCCACCACCUGAGCGCACAGCUCUUCGACUAACAUCUAUUAUAUGAAAUAUAAUGUAAUUUGUUUGCGUAACCCAUAACCUAGUUUUUAGAUUCAUUUAAACUUUUUCUAAACUUAUUAUACAGAAUAUUAUAUAUCGUUUUGCAAAAAACUCUAAAACUCUAUGUAAAACAUGAAAACAUAAUAAAAAGUAAAUUAUGCGAACAUUUUGUUCAUCUCGUAUUACUU